AAUCCAACUUAUGUUCACACCGGGUCCAAAAUAAUAUUUGGAUCAGUCACAAAAGCACAUUGAUCAGUAGAGAAAGUGACGGGGCAAAACUCUCUUUAACGAUGAAACACGCGUACUGGAAACUGAAUUGGAUCAGUUGUAGAGGAGUGAGAUUAUUUUCACAAUAGCUCCUUGGGUCUUGUAAUAGUUCGGACUUCUGAGGAUCGAUAUUUCUAUAUCACAAACAAGAUGAAUAGCCGCCAAGUACCUUAUUACGAUGAUUCAAUAAUCGAUUUGAGUAUAACUCCAGGAAUAGGUUAUGAUUUCAAUACACCAGAGGCCCUAAGAUUCGGUUGGGAUUUAAUAGACGAAGGGAGACCAACAACACCCGAUCACGAGGACGGUAGACGAAGACGUCGUAGAUGGUCAAUAACGCAGGAACAUCUUGCUCCUCUCCUUCCAUAUUGGAAUAAGAUAUUUCUAAUAUCAUGUGUGUUUGCUGUGUUAUUUGAUCCUUUGUUCUUUUACACUCCCGUUACUAAUGAGGAUGCUAAGUGCCUAAGAUUGGACAAGAAGUUGAAAAUAGCAACUACUAUUUUACGUUCCAUCACAGAUCUUUUUUAUUUAGUCGACAUCCUUAUCCAAAUCGACAGACUUAAUGCCACACUCGAGAUAUCAACAAAUGGUCAGACAUUUCGUUUCAAAAGAGUGAAAUCAGCUAAGAGGAUUUUUCUGUCCUGUAUAGUAACUGACAUUGCUGCUGUUCUUCCUCUUCCACAGGUUGUAAUAUUCAUUUUCUUUUCAAAAAUCAUGAGGGGCUCAGCAUCCUUCACAAGAAUGUUUCUGAACGCUCUUGUUCUCCUCCAAUAUGUUCCACGAGUCAUUCGCAUCUAUCUAUCUGGCACAUCUCUUAACAUACAAACUAGGAUAGGAAUAUGGAUUCAAGCUGUAUUCAACUUCCUCCCUUUCAUCCUUUCUGGUCAUAUACUUGGAGCCAUAUGGUAUUUCUUUGCAAUUCAACGAGAGAUAGCUUGCUGGGAACAUGGUUGUAGAAGUGAAGAUGGAUGUAACGUUAGUAGUUUUGACUGUGAUGACAAUGGGACUAGAAAUAUCACGAAUCUGGAUAUUUUAUGUCCUAUAAAUCCCUCAAAUAAAUCACUACUUUUCGAUUUCGGUGUAUUUCUUGGUGCCGUUCAGUCUGGUAUGAUGGGGUCGACAAAUUUUUCACAAAAAUUAUUGCAAUGUUUUUGGUGGGGUCUGCGCAAUCUGAGUUCUUUAGGUUCAAACCUCGAGCCUAGUAGCAGCCAAUGGGAAAACAUCUUCGCUGUUUUCAUAUUUUUGAGUGGCAUGAUGCUUUUUUUAAUAUAUCUUAGUGCAACUUUGCAGACUUUAAGCGUGCGGUUGGACACAAUAAGGUCGGAUGAGCUUAAACUCAGACAGAAGAUGCAAUUGAUCAGCCCAGAAAUAGACCUAUGGCUAUAUAAAAAUGACCUCCCCAAGGAUUUGGACGUGGUUGUGGGCCAAACAGUGAAAACUCUGAAGACGGUGAUCAUCGAAAACGUACAACGAAAACUUCAAGAAAACAAAGAUGUUGAUGUGGAGAAUGUCCUAUCUAUUCUUCCCUUGAGGCAGAGACGAUGUAUCUUGAGCCAUCUCCGCUUAACUGCGUUAAAGAAAGUGCCAUUAUUUGAAGACAUGGACGAGAAAGUGUUGAAUGCAAUUUGUGCACAUCUUAAGCCAGUGAUAUAUGCCGAAGACAACUAUAUUCUUCAGGAGGGGGAACCAUUAGAGAAGAUGCUCUUCAUCACCCAAGGCACUGCAUGGUCCUAUACCACUAUAAGUGAAACAAGUACUGGUUAUUCAAACACCAAGUGCCUUGGGAAAGGCAAUUUAUACGGAGAAGAACUACUAAGCUGGGCACUGAAAUCUACCCCAUUUUCAGAGUUACCCGUCUCUACCAGAAUAGUCAAGUCUCAAACAAAAGUUGAAGCAUUUGCUAUCAGGGCUAAGGACUUGAAGAAUGUUAUUGCUAAAUUCUGGUGGCAUUUUAGAAGGCCAGAUCAGCUCCAUUACUUGGAGGGUUUUCAGUUGGAGCAUGGAGAGCAUUGGAAGCGUUUGGCAGUAUCUUCCAUACAAGCAAAUUGGCGCCACUAUUGUGCAAGGGCUAAAAAACGGGAGUUGCGGGAAUGGCGGAAAAAAUUUAUCACGAUAGAAUAAACGAAUCUGUACGUAUCGUGUUUUAAUUUAUUAGGCGAUUGUAAAUUCAAUUAUUCAUUUGAUGAUGUGCAUGCGUGUUUUUAUAAGUAGUUUGUAAAACUCCUCACAGAUAUAUUGAGUUAGAGUCAAAUGCAUUGGAGAUUUGGAGGUGAGUGUUUUGCGGUGGAUGGGCACCCAGUAGGUGAGAUUAAAUCCAGACAGAGGUACUUCUCUUUAAUAAGCUGCAGGCAUCCAGACAGAUGUAGUUGAAGAAAAGGCGAGCCGCACUACUUUCAGAAAAACAGAAAUAUGAAGUUCAGCAUCCUAGUUGGAACUCAAGUUGGGACUCGGCAAGAGGGUGGAGAGAAUUCUGUCUCCACUUGAAAAUGAGUUCUCAAGUGAAAGCAGUCACUCAUCUCUCCAUAUAUAUAUAUUGUACUUCUGCGAAACAUAGAUAUGUACAGGAUUACAUGUUUUUGUUUAUGAAUAUUGUAGUAACAAUUAGAUUUCUCGUCUUUAUUAAUCCAUUGAGGUUUACCAU